AAUAAAUGAAUAAAUAUUCGUUUGUUAAAUAAGCACGUUUUCCAUACCAUCCAAUGUAUGUAAAUAUGUAUGGUUAAAUGGUGUGUGCAAAAAUAGAUUUACAGACCAAUGUUGUAUAUCUACAAUGUUACGAGAUAUUUACAUACCUGAUAGUGAUACUUCAAAAUACCAUAACCCUUUUCAGAUAGAAAAGCUCACGGCUCACCUUCCACUUGGGAAAAUAUUUUGCCACAAAUUUAUUCAAUAACAAAUGGAAUGGCCACGUGGUAACAGGGACGAUCGCCCAUUUCCAUGCUCCAAGUGCCCAGCCUCGUUUAAGACCCGGUCAAAACUUCAUCGCCACAAGUACACUCACACUGGCAAGAAACCGUUCAAAUGCCCGGUUUCCGGAUGUAGCAGAUUAUUCAUAGAGAAAUAUGAAUUGCGAAAUCAUUCUGACCGUUACCAUUCAGGAAUCAUAAGAGAAAAAUUGGUUAAGUGCGACCUUUGCGAAUGCGCGUUUUAUACGAAGUCAUCUUUAGCUACUCACCUAGCAACCCGACAUUCGUACUGUGCUAGUUGUGAUGUUGAUUUGAAGGAUUUUAGCGCACUUACAGCCCAUCAACGGGCACACGAACAAGGGAGCAGUUUUACGUGUCAUUUAUGCUCCAUUGGAAUACUCGAUGGGUUACAAUUUAAAAACCACUGGCUCACCCAUGUCGACGCCCCUCGCCACAUUCAGUGUUCCAAAUGUAGCAAAAAAUUUAAAUCCGAGAAGAACCUGCAAUCCCACUUCAGUUACACGCACGCUUUGCUAGAGGUCCGAGCCCAGUGCAAAUUAUGCCCGAAAAGUUUCCCGAAUCUCCGGCAGCUACGGCAUCACGAGACCGGACAUGUACGCCAACAUGCAUGCUACUUUUGUAAAAAGAAUUUCGGGAACAUUUCCUCUUUGCGAGAUCACAUGACAACCCACACCAGAGAAGUGGCCUAUUUCUGCGACGUGGAGCAAUGUGGAUUUUCCACAUCAACCUAUUCCGGCCUUAGCUCUCACGUCAAUAAUAUGCACACGGUCGGUUUUACCCGAACAUAUUGGUCCUGUUAUUUUUGCUCCGUAAAGGUAUCAGAACACAGUAAAAUAUAGAAGACACAGGGUAGCCACCACCAUGAUCAAGCAUGCAGGAUUUAGUCUCGUUCUUAUGCAUCGCUACUUUAGGACUAUCUACAAUUGGACUUGGUGCCCCGUGCUACUAUUUUACUACUUUAUAGUA